UUUCUAAAGCUGCAAGUGGCGUUCCAUAAACAUUUGUUACGGCGUCGUCACCACUUCACUGAAAAUAUUUUAACAAGAAUCUAAAAAGAAAUAUUUUCAAACUUUGCAAGCUCCUAAGCGACUUUGAUCAGUUUCAUCAUGAAUCUAUCUAAGGUAUCAGAUGAAGAAAAACUCUCCCUCUGCAGAAAAUACUUCAUUGGUGGAAUAUUUGCCCUCCCAUUUCUCUGGUUGGUGAACACAGUUUGGUUUUUCAGGGAAGCAUUCUUCCGCUCGGCCUUUGAACAACAGAAGAAAAUACGCACAUAUGUGACCUGGUCCUUGGUCGGAUGUUUGGUGUGGACCACAGCAUUGAUAGCCUGGAUUACUGUUUAUCAAGUCAAGAGAGCUGAGUGGGGAGAGACUGGUGAUAGGUUAUCAUUCAUUAUACCCAGAGGGAGGCCAUAGCAUCCAUGUACCAAGAUAUGAACAUUUACCAGUCA